AUGGCUGAACCCCAUUGCAAAGAUGCUGUUCCUGAUCUCACUGGAACCUGGGUAUUGAACCGAAGACUCUCAACUGAUCCAGAUGAAAUUAUGGUCCUGCAAGGCGUACCUUGGGUUAUCCGAAAGGUCUUACGACACGCCCGGCUUUCGUUGCAAAUGUGGCAGACCACAUCCCCAUCUGCUGAAAAGGAUACAUGCACAGAGGAAAAGCACGAUGAAAGUUCUGUUUUGGCCGAUAAUUCGAAGUCUGUCACAUCUCUUCGUGUAACACAGACUGUCAAUCCAGGUGGCUUUGACAGCGAAGGGAGUUAUUUCAUCGAUGGAAGCAAGCAAGACGCUUCGCUGCCUAUCUUCGGAGAUGUACAGAUGCAGCUUCAAUUUAUCGACAGAUCCGAGAUAGUGGAAGACACAAUCCGGGAAAUUGUGAAGGUGGCUAGCUUGAGCGACAAGGUCAUUCAGGAAUUAGCUCAUAAUACGACAAAGGGAUGGGAAGCGGAAGUUAUUUGGGGAUUUGAAGAGCUCGAGGGAAAGAGAUACCUCACUCGAAACAUCAGCACGACUAAGGAGGAGAAGAAGGUUAUUGCGAAGAUGGUGUACGAUGGUCCAAAAUAG